UAUUCCGCGACGAAUACGACGAGAAUAAAUUCGUGGACGAGCAGGACGAGGCGGCCGAGCAGCAGGGACCGGACGCGUGCGAGGUGGACCAUCUGAUCAGGCAAGGGGACACCAUGACAGCAUUUCACAUCGCCUUGAGGAAUCCACCAAUCAACUCCAAGAAUCCAGCAGUGAAAGAGCGGGCACAAGCCGUGGUGUUACGAGUGCUGACUGCAUUCAAGAGCAGCGAUAUCGAGCCGGCCGUGAAGUCUCUGGACAGGAACGGAGUGGACCUGCUGAUGAAGUACAUCUACAGAGGCUUCGAGAAGCCCUCAGACAACAGCAGCGCCAUCCUGCUCCAGUGGCACGAAAAGGCUUUCGCUGUAGGGGGUCUGGGGUCCAUCGUACGGGUGCUGACUGCGAGAAAAUCUGUCUGAGAAGCCGAAAGAAAUCGAGAGAUAACCAGCCACGGGAUUUGUUUCUCUUUCUUAGACACGGACAGCUUCUUCUCUCACAACUCAACCUUAUCCGGGGGAAACCACUCAUGCUGAACCGAUUAAAAAGCAGAGAUAUUGUAUGAUAUUUAAUGUAAAUUAUUGAUUCUUCAAUAUGUUAUUACGGAAGACACUAUUCUCGACUAAUGAAGGUGAACGGUUGUGCGACGGAAUGACGAGGAGUCUCAUGAUGAGACUUUGCUGUCUAAGCCUUGAUCAGCAGUUUCAGGACACGAAAUACUGUGAGGAAUAUGAAAGUUUUAUUUGCUUGUUUUACUUGGUUGGUAUUCUCGGAUGUGUACUUUCCAUUUCUUUAGUUCCACUUCUCUUUUUUUUUUUCUCUUUGUACAGAAAGAGGAUGAUGUUUAAUAUAUAGUAUUUAGGUGGUGGAUUUAUGGUUCAAAUCGUAGUGUGGGGUCGGGUUGUUGUGAAGUGCCUGGUGCAAUAAAGAACAAUAAGAGUGUA